GGCUAGAGAGGGCACAGAAGAGAUCCAUCCCUUUUCCCUUGGGAUCCAUCACUUAUUCCUGGACCCAGCAGAACCAGGAGCUGUACCAAAGAGCUCUGUUGGCCCUUGGGGAGAGUUAGGAAAGGUAGGAUCUUCCUGUAGGAAGUCUGCUUGCAGGAAUCCAGGACACUCAACAUGCUGCCUCAGUCCCUGUGACGGCUCUGAGCCUUUGUGUUCCAAGGUCAUGGCCCGUUCCCUCAGCUGGCACUGCUGCCCCUGGUGCCUGACAGAGGACGAGAAGAUGGCCUUAAGGAUUGACCAAGAAAUCAAUAAGAUCCUCAUGGAACAGAAGAAGAGGGACCGAGGAGAGCUUAAGCUGCUAUUGUUGGGUACCGGGGAGAGUGGAAAAAGCACCUUCAUCAAACAGAUGCGGAUUAUCCAUGGGGCAGGCUACUCUGAAGAGGACCGCAAGGGCUUCACAUCCCUGGUCUAUCAGAAUAUCUUCACCUCCAUGCAGGCCAUGAUUGAGGCCAUGGACACCCUUCACAUCCCCUAUAGCUGCCCCGAGAGCAGGCAUCACGCUGACCUGAUUAUGAACACAGAUGCCUACAAAGUGACGACCUUCGAGAAACCCCAUGCCCACGCCAUUAAGUGUCUAUGGAAAGAUGCUGGCAUCAGGAUGUGCUAUGAUCGCCGUCGGGAGUUCCAUCUGCUGGACUCUGCUGUGUAUUACCUGUCCAACUUGGAGCGUAUCACAGAAGAAAGCUACAUCCCCACAGCCCAGGACGUUCUGAGGAGCCGGAUGCCCACGACAGGCAUUAACGAAUACUGCUUCUCUGUUCAGAAGACCAACCUGAGGAUCGUGGAUGUGGGAGGCCAGAAGUCUGAACGGAAGAAGUGGAUUCACUGUUUUGAAAAUGUUAUCGCUCUCAUCUAUCUGGCCUCACUGAGCGAAUACGACCAGUGUCUGGAGGAGAACAACCAAGAGAACCGGAUGAAAGAGAGCCUGGCUCUGUUCGGCACCAUUCUGGAGCUGCCCUGGUUUAAGAACACCUCUGUCAUCCUCUUCCUUAACAAGACAGACAUCCUGGAGGAGAAGAUCCCCACCUCCCACCUGGUCACCUAUUUCCCCAGCUUCCCUGGCCCCAAGCAGGAUGCCGAAGCAGCUAAGCAGUUCAUCUUAGAUAUGUACACCGGAAUAUACACUGGCUCCGGGGAUGCCAAAGGCUCGACGAGGAAGAACUCCCGCUCAAGGCGUCUUUUUAGCCACUACACCUGUGCCACGGACACCCACAACAUCCGGAAGGUCUUCAAGGAUGUCCGGGACUCAGUGCUUGCCCGCUACCUGGACGAGAUCAACCUGCUCUGACUCCUUCCCCACGGGAAGCCAGAGAGGAGGCCAGGCUCCCGCAUACAGCACUUUGGAGGGCCCCUAAGGGUGGGGAAAGCCUCCUUUUCUCUCCCUGGCUGCUCUUGGCCCUCCUGAUGGCCCCUGGCCUUGUGUUCUCUGAAACUGGUCCUAAGCCAACUGGUACUUGCCACCGUGGAGUUCCUAGAAGGGAAUGUGGGGGGCUGGGUUUAAAUUUAGACCUUAGAACAUCAAGGCAGGCAAAGAGAAGAUGCAUAUGAGAUGCAUGAAGAUGCACGUAGAGUUGAAAAGAUUCUUAGAAAAUAUCAGGACUAGACUGGAACACAGAAUGUCAGAA